CCCGGGGUCGUCGCGGGCGAGAUUUCCGAGCUCCUGACGCUCUGGCGGCUCCGCUCAGCCCUGAUUCCGGCGGGCCGGCCUCCGUCGCCCCGCCAGUUUCUGGAACCUUUGGUUCCGGCGCUCGGAUUUGGGGGAACUUGGGAGGGUAGUGCCGGGGUUUCCGAUGCUUUGCGUUUUCUGCGGGGUUUGGGCAGUCCUUGGAGAACCCCGAAACUGAAGUCCGUGGUGUUUUCAGGGGCUGAGAGUGGAACCUCAGGCGCCUACGAGCCCCCUGAGGGUUUAGGCCGCCCUCCUUGGUGGGAUGACUGGCACCGGUGGCCUCAGAGAGCCGGGGCCUGCCUCCACCCCUAGGGGUGCCGUCGGCUCCUGGGGUCCGAGUCUCCGCUCUGCCCCACCCCUUCUCACAAAACCCCUCCACCUCCCUGAGGAGCGCCCGUCUACCCACCUUCUCGUUCCCAGCCUUCGGGCUACUCCUAUUUUCCGUAUUAUUUAUUUAUCCUGGUUAUUAGAGUUUUUCUGACCUUCUCUACUCUGGAAUAGAGUCCAGAGGAGUCGCAAGGGAAAAUUAUUAGAAUAUAAAAUCCUAGGGGACACGUAGUCCGGGUCUCCAUCCCAUGCUUGGAGCCCUCAUAGAGCAGCCCAACAACAGCACUUGGUUUUCUUCCCCAACUUCACCACCUCCUGUGGUUGCUAUUUCCGCCUCUGGCUUACAUUGAACCCAACCAGGUGUAUUUCUCUUUAGCUUUGCUCAGUUGGCCUGGGAAUGCUGCCCCUGGAGGGCAUUGGACAGAACAGGGACAGUCCUGUUGCGUGAGGGGCAUGGGUCUGUGCUAAUCAGGCCAGCUCCUUUCAUGACCUGCUCAGAGCCCCGCGCCAGCCCCUCUGUCCUCUGUUCCUGGACAGUUGUUCCCUGUUCUCCUUCCCAGUGCUCCAGGUGUGAUGGUUCCUUCCACCCAGGGAAGGGCAUUCCAAACAUACUUUCUUUUGCUGUAACUUACUGCCCUGCUUGCUCCUGCCCUCACUCCUGCAACGGUUUCUUUGGCAGCUCAGGCGUAGCAUUUAAGUCUGGUCCUAUGAAGGCCUUCUUUCUGUUACUCUAGGGUCUUGGGCAGUUUGCGUUGGCUCUAACUCUUACUACAGAAUUGCAGAAAUUCCUCUCUUUACUGAGGGCACCUGUUUGUUUUGUGAAAUACUGCCUGCUUUGCUUAUCCACUGCAGUUAACUUUUGGAGUUACCCAGAUUUCAUCUCUUUGACAUGGACUCCCAUACGGGGUGACCUUGUGUCCUAGUUUGCCAGGGACAGUUCUGGCUUAUACCAUUGUGCCGGCAUAAUCACUUUCAAAACGUUCAUGGUUUGUAUGAUCAAGCUUGUCUCUGUCUCUAAGUUAGACACACUUAUAUUUGUAGUUAAGAGAGUUGCACGUGGCAGCCCACUUGAGACUUGCAGUUGGGCCCACAGAUGUUAGAGCCACAGACUAGGAAAUGAGAAUUCCUCCAGGUCAGUGUUCAUACGCCUCAUGUAGGUAGAGAGCUUUGGGUGGCUUUGCCCUUAGAGGGCAGGGGAUCCCUUCCCACCCUGGCACAGAAAGUCCAAGCUAAUACUGAGAGCUAUGUCUAGUCAAAUUCAUCGCCAGAGUUACUGUGGGGCUUCGAAGCCAGUGCCCCUAAAUUCACUGUCAUGAUCCAGAGGAAGGUGUUCAGAGUUCAAGCCCAGCUCCUUGACAUGGCACCUGGUUCCUGGGAAAGUAACUGAUGUGGAAGUGUGACCAGAGUUAGGCCUAAGGUGUCCUGGGCUUCCCCAGGAACCAGAGAACUCAGUCCAUGCAGGGCCAGUUAGUUUUAAAGACUGCAUAUCAGCACUUGUAACUGUCCUAGGAUUAGGCUAAGAGGUAGAACAUUGGUUGUCCACUAGGAUGACCAACCAUCUUAGUUUGCCGGGGAUUGAGGGGUUUCCUAGGACAUGGGACUUGCAGUUUUAAGACCAGAAAACUCCUGGGCGAACUGGGAUGAGUUGGUCACCCUCUUCUCAACCCUGGCUGCACAUUAGACUCUCUUGAGGAGCCUCUCAUUUAGAGUCUAAUUUAAUUGAUUCAGGUAGUUGUAUUUUUUUUAAUGCUCUGAAGUUGAUUCCAGCGAGCUACCAGAGUUGAGAACUACUAGGCUGUAGACAGUGUUUCCAAUAACCAUUGAAAAUGUUUGUUUUUUGAGCAGAAGGGGACCCAGACGUCCCUGAAAGGGGUGUAUGACUCUGUGUGUUGGUCUUUCACCUUAGCAAGAGGGAUAUCAAGCUGGCAGUCGCCUAUUAUUGCUAUUAUCUGUCCCCACCCCCAGGCCUUCUUUGUCACUGGUGAGGACCAAGCUUUCUCUUUUCCCGGCCUGCUCUGAUACCCUCUCCCUCAAGACAGGAGGUCAGUGGAAUUGCCUCAUUUUGAUUGGUGGAAUCAUGAUUUACACAGUUGCAAAUGAAGCUGGCAUGAGACUUGAGACAGGACUGCCAUCUGUAGGUCUGGGACAUAUGCCUCAGAGAGUGGUGGUCCAGAGGCUAACUGUGAGACUGGGUGUGCUUUGGCUUUGCCCCAUGGGGUGUGGGAGCUUGGAGACCAGGUGCCUCUGGGACUGUCCUCUCUGCAGGCCUCCAGGAUCAUGUGGUACGUCAGCACCAGGGGCAUAGCCCCACGGGUCAACUUUGAGGGGGCCCUCUUCUCUGGCUAUGCACCUGAUGGGGGCCUCUUUAUGCCCGAAGAGCUCCCACAGUUGAACAGAGAGACCCUGUGCCAGUGGAGCACGCUCUCCUAUCCUGGCCUGGUGAAGGAGCUGUGCGCCCUCUUCAUUGGCUCUGAGCUCAUUCCAAAAGAUGACUUAAAUGAUCUGAUCGACCGAGCCUUCAGCAGAUUCCGUCACAGAGAGGUGGUCCAUCUGUCCAGGUUGAGGAAUGGGCUGAACGUGUUGGAGCUGUGGCAUGGCGUCACAUAUGCAUUUAAGGACCUGUCCCUGUCCUGCACAGCACAGUUCCUGCAGUACUUCCUGGAGAAGAGGGAGAAGCACGUCACUGUGGUUGUAGGAACAUCUGGUGACACAGGAAGUGCUGCCAUUGAGAGUGUUCAAGGGGCAAAGAACAUGGACAUUAUUGUUCUGCUGCCCAAAGGUCACUGCACAAAGAUUCAGGAGCUCCAGAUGACAACGGUGCUGAAGGAGAACGUACAUGUGUUUGGAGUGGAGGGAAACAGCGAUGAGCUCGAUGAGCCGAUCAAGACUGUGUUUGCCGAUGUGGCUUUUGUCAAGAAGCACAAUCUGAUGAGCCUGAAUUCGAUCAACUGGUCCCGGGUCCUGGUGCAGAUGGCCCAUCACUUCUUUGCUUACUUCCAGUGUACGCCAUCGUUGGACAUGCAUCCCCUACCCCUGGUGGAGGUGGUUGUGCCAACAGGGGCUGCCGGUAACCUUGUAGCUGGGUGCAUUGCUCAGAAGAUAGGCCUGCCCAUCCGUCUGGUCGUGGCAGUGAACCGCAAUGACAUCAUCCACAGGACUGUCCAGCAGGGAGACUUCUCUCUCUCUGAGGCUGUUAAAUCAACCUUGGCAUCAGCUAUGGACAUUCAGGUGCCCUACAACAUGGAGAGGGUAUUCUGGCUGCUCUCUGGCUCUGACAGCCAGGUGACAAGAGCCCUUAUGGAGCAGUUUGAAAGGACCCAAAGUGUGAAUCUGCCCAAGGAACUGCACAGCAAGCACUCCCCGGUGCUGCCUCGCCCCUGCCUCUGCAGCCAAGUUCCCGGAAGCUGUCCUGGCUGCUGGCCUGACCCCUGAGACUCCUGCGGAGAUCGUAGCCCUGGAGCACAAGGAGACACGCUGCACCCCGAUGCGGAGAGGUAACAACUGGACGCUGAUGCUUCGGGACACCAUUGAGGACCUUAGCCGACGGUGGGGGAGUCAUACCCUCAACACCUCCCAGUAGCCUGGCUGGAGGUGGCUUUCUUUAGGCUUCAGAUCCCAGGGAGGUGCACCCUCCCCAUUAAGCGUAGGUUAGGAGGUUCCUGGGAGGCUGCUCAGCUGGGUCUGGAGCCAGCUGGCUUUGCUCCAUUCCCUGGUUAUUCUGUGCGUGGUCACCAGGGAGGCUGAGUGAGGGGCUGUCAACAGUUGCCAGAAGCACCCCCUCCCUCCCUGGCCUGUGCGGCAGUGUCUGAGCUGUAGUGAAAGUUUCAGGGCCUGCAAAAAAAGAGGCUUGGGCACAGGAUUGACCAUGGCUACAGGGGUUUAGGACCCCAGACCUGUGAAGGUGGGAGCAGCUCACCACCUUCACGCAGGCUUUAUAUGUUCUCUGAGCUUUAGUUGAUUUGGCCCCCAAACCAAAUCCAAAGGUUCUGGCCUACCUUGUCAGAGAUUUCCACCCUGCUCACAUGUUGGGAAUCCCUGGAAUAAAAUGCUUGUUCAGUGUGAUGGAGACGGCACGUCCUCUGGGCAGGUCCCUUCCUAGAAGAGCUGCAGGACUGUGGGCAGCCCUGGGGGCUGCGGAGUGGUGGGCUAAGGUGUGUGUGGCAUCCCCCUGCUGCCCUGCAUUGGCCCAGGCUUGAGGGGCAGCAGAGCAGGCAUGGGCCAGUGGCCCCGAUGGUGCUGGCAUUCAUAGAGGUUGAAGUGGGGCUCACCAGAUGGAGUCCCUGUGGGAAAGCAUUGGCAUCAAUGUGCAAACCAAGGCAAGGUGCCCUGUUGCUCAUACAUCACUUGGGAUUGAGCCCAUUUGACUCAGGUUCCAAUCCAUUUCAUCAAGUUCCAGUCCUGUGUGGGCUGAGGAGAGUUUUAGACAAACACAUGAACGGCAACAGAAGCCACAUGCCUUGGACGCUGGGGGCCCCUAGGAGGGCAGGGAAGGCAGGCUUUGGAUGGAGGGAUUUUUUGCCACUAGAGGACGUUGUUGCCGCCACCCUGGGGGCUGCUGUGAAAUGACCUAAUGGGUAUUUGUCCUCCAGAGCCCCCUUCCCCUGCCUGCCUGAGGUCUGAAGGCGCUGCUCACCCAGGUGCGAUCCCUGCCUGGCAUUCCCCGUCAGAACAUCCCAGCCCCGCAUCUCCGUGGGACUAAAGGGAAAGGCCUCUGGCGCCCUCUGCUGGAACACUGGACAUUGAGGCACUGCAGUCAGUACCCCGAGGGGAAGACAGGGAUGCUGGACCCCAGGAGGACAGAAGGAGUGUUCUUAAAGGAGUGACAGUGACUCCUUACCAGCCAUGACACCUGGCAGUUUCUGAGACACUUUAACAUCCACAGCAGCAGAUACUGAUGCAGUCCCUGGGGCCACUUACCCAUUAGAUAUGAUAGACCCAAUGCUUAGGGGCCACCAUUCAUUAGAGGCCCAUGAAAAUGUCUUCAUUUCUUUUAAAACCAAAAGAAAACAGUAUAAUACAGCUGGGAUUUUAUUCGUCUUUCUUCUAACACAGUUGUACAAUAGAAUUUUAAGUAUUUUUUUAUAGAGGAAGACACCCAUGAAAGCAAAAAUGCCUAAUACCCACAAAAGUUACUAUGCAGCCCUGAUAGCACCUACUGUGUGCCAGGUGACAUUUUACAAAAAUUAGCUCAUUUAAUCCUGACAGCAACGUGUGAAGCAAGUGCUACUGUUUCCCCCGCAAUAUUGCGGGUGAGAACACUAAGACUCUGAGAGACGAGAUAACUUACCAGGGUGGCAACACGGAACAGAGAGGCUGGAACUUGAACCCAGACCUUGUGGCCUCCAGUUUGGUGUGUAGUUCUCCUCACACCGCCUCCUGUGUCAGCGGGCACGUUCUUAUGGAGCUCGCUCUGCUGCCUGUCUCCCUCCAUCCUUCCCCAGGCCCUGGCCCUGCUCCUGGGUCCUCCCACCAUCUUCCUUUCUUGGAUGGAUCUGGGAGCAUGGCUGUGCUUCUCCAGGAGUCUUCCAGGGGCUGCUGCAGCCCUGCUUUCCAGGCCUCUUUAACUGGCACUGGGCACUGCUGUGGGCAGGCCCGUGCAGGUGGCUCCUUCUCUUUUGCUGCCAUAUUCUGAGGACCUCAGGACAGGGCCAAGGUCACAGGGAAACCCCAUCCCCUGAAUGGUUCUGGGACCUAUCCAGUUCUGAGAGGCCACCAUGCCUGUGAGGGAGGCCAGCAUAAGGCCACACCAGGCACAGCGCACAUCGACAGGAAACCUGAACUGAGGCUACACUGGCCACAGGGAGUCUUGGGGAAAUGAGAAGAAGGACGAGAGCGAGACGAAGUCUGGAGAAGUGCCCACCCCUGUAACACACACACACACACACACACACACACACACACACAAGCUGAAUUGUGUCACUUCCAUUAUAUGUUGAAUCCACAGUAUCUCUGAAUAUAACUGUGUUUGGAGAUAGGGUCUUUAAAAAGGUAAUUAAAAUGAAGUCUUUAUGCUGGGCCCUAAACCAGUGGGACUGGUGUACCUUAUUUUAUAAGAGGAAAUUAGGACAUAGACAGAGGGAAGACUGCGUGAAGUCAGAGGAAGAAGGCAGCCAUCUGCAAGCCAAGGAGAGAGGCCCCAGAAUUAAAGCAACGCUGAGGGCACCUCGAUCUGAGAUUUCCAUCCUCUAGAACUGGGAGGAAAUAAAUUUCUGUUGUUUAAGUCUCACCCAGUCCUGAGCAGACUAAUACACACACACACACACACACACACACGCCCACCAUUAAUGGAAAAAAGCAAGGAUCUUUGUACCAGAUGAAGUGAGAAUCAGGGUGGAGUCUUUUCUGAGUCACCCACUUACUGGUGGUGAUCACAGCAAAGCCAUUUAAUCUCUGUGAGCCAUGGUUUCCUCAUCUGCAUCUAACAAUACAGAUGAUCCCUGACUUAAGACUUUGCAACUUUAGGAUGGUGAUGGUGCGAAAGCAAUACGCAUCCAGUAGACUGAGUUCAUAUGCAUUCAGUAGACUUCAGAUUUUGAUUUUCCCCCAGGCUAACAAUCUGCAGUAUGAUAGUCUCUUGUAAUGCAGGGCAGCAGCAGUGAGCCCAGCUCCCAGUCAGCCCUGGGAUGACGAGGAUAAAUAGCCCAUAUUUCCACAGUGUGCUGUGUUGACAGAUGACUUUGCCCAACUGUAGGCUAGUGUCAGUGUUCUGAGCACAUUUAUGAUAGGCUAGGCCAAAUGAUGAUGUUUCUGUAGGUUGAGGGUAUUAAACGCAUUUUCAACUUAGGAUAUUUUCAACUUACGAAGGGUUUAUUGGGAUGUAACUAUUGUAAGUUGAGGAACAUCUGUACUUACCUUGCUGGUUUGCUUUGAGGAUUACGUGAGAUGAGAUAAUGUAUUUCCAAGUGCUGGGUAAACUCUCAAGUGCCAUACAAAUGAUUCUUACUAUUAACACAAUUAUAGUCUGCACUGAACAAUUUA